GGAGAACAGUCGCCGAAACGACUUUACACAAUUGACGCGUAUUUUUGUCGAAAGUGGUCCGUUCGUGACUCGAACGCGGGUGAUAUUGCGAAAUUAUCGUGUGUUUCUGUGUCGAUUUAUGUCGUUUGUGUUAUCGUUUGUGUAUUAUGGUGAUCUGUGGUGAAUAACGUGAAACUACUUUUGGGUAACGAUGUCUAGUAGUUGACAUGUUUAUCUGUGUCGUGUGUGAAGAUUUUCCCUUCGCGUGAGGAGGUUCAGUGCUGAGUGCGCUAGUGUGCGCGGCGGCACCUAGUGUGCGGCCGCAGCCGCGGCUCCGGGAGGACCCUCGGAUGGAUUGCUUUUCCACGGACGUAUAGGAUGUGAAUAUCAUCGGCCGAUACAUCAAUGACGGUAAAAUUUGCAUGACCACGGCAGACAAUGCGGUCUCAAACUGCUAAACCCUUGACUAAAAAGGGUGCUUUAGGAAAAACAACCUUCAAAACAAGUGCCGCAGCAAAACAGACAAAAAAGAAAGUAUCGCCGAAAAAGUUAAAGACUAUACAAAAAUCUGUUGCGAAGUCUCCGAAGAAAAAUGCUGGGGCUAGUGAAUCUGCGAAGGUCGGUAAAGACGGGGAACAAGCCAACCAAGAUAAACCUGGUACAUCGGCAGAUACCAGCAAGCCUGAAUGCUCUAAGACCAGUGUAUCGAGAGAAAAUUCUCCUUCAAAGAAAGCAAAGAAAGACGUCACUGAGAAAAAAGAUAAGGCUAAAGCGGCAUGUAAAAAAGUUGUGGCCAAGAAAUCUGUUAAAACUACAAAAUCUAAAUUAAAUUCUAAAUUGAAAAUUGAGGAGGACGAUGAUGCAAAGUACAAAAUAAAUUUAGAUUUACUCAAGAGAGAUGCGGCGAAAUCGAAAGCAAAAUCUAAUGUAAAGAAAGGAAGUACGGCUAAUAUAAAGAAAAAGGACAGUGAAAUCAUCAAACAGACGGACCAAACUGGAGAUGAAAAAAUUAAAGAAAAAAUUCCAAAUAGUAGCAAAACCGAAAAUAAAAUUGAUAAGCCUGAUACAAUAGACGAAAAGGGAAAUGAAAAUGAGGAAUCCAAACUUAGUGUUCAGAUUGAAAACAAAGAUAAUUCAGUGACACCGACCAAAGCUACUAGUGCCACUUCAAAUAGUUCACCAGAGACACCAAAAGUAGAGCAUGGAAGGCCACCAAAGUUUUUUAUAUCUAGUCGGUCUCCCAGGACGGUUGACAUCGACGUCAAGUGUUGUAAGAAUUCAAAAGGUAAUUUGAGUGUUUCUGAGAGAUUUUUAUCUAUGAAAUGUGAAACAAAAAAUGAUGAUGGCAGUGCAAAAAAUACUACGAAUAAUCUCAUAUCACAGGGGCCUGAAAUCGAUGUUUACACUUUUACUGAAAAAGUUGAUUCUCCGAAAAGUAUUUUAUCGGAUUUUCGAUCACCAGUAAACAAAAAUGUAGGCAGAGUACGGCCGAUAGCCAGGGUCAAAGGGACUGUUAUCAAUAAGAAAUCUGAUCCCGAAAGAAAAAAAUACUCUCCACACAGACCUAUAGAAGAAGUAGUCAAACAGCUAAAAGCCAAAAGGUCUGAGGAUGUUGUCGAUGAUAGUGAUGGCUUUGACGCCAAAGGUCUGGGAUUAGGGGCGCUAUCGAUUGAAAAAGAGUUUGAUGAAAGUCCUAAACCAAUUGUAAGUAAAUCAUAUAAGAUGGUGGCUCGCAAAUCUAGUAUCACCGGGAAGCCAUUUAGCCCUAUUCAUUUUCCUGACCAGGAUGAUGCUGCUGAAAAAAGUGAAACUAAACAUACACCGAAAGUAAACAAUUCUAAGAAAAUUGCUUCAAAAUCAAAAUCACAACCUAAAAAGACUAGCUCGUCAGAUGAUGAAAUCGAUGAUUCAACUUUUUCAUUAAAUAAAUCUAGAAAAUUCACUUCUUCAGAUGAAAGUCUUAGUGACUCCAAUGAUGAGAUUGAUAGUAAAGAAUCUUCAGGUUCAGACAACCCAAAGAAUAAGAAAACUAAAAAUAAAAAGUAUAAAAGAAUCACGGAUUCAGCAAAGAAGAAGACGUCGAAAGAAUUAAAAGAGCUAUCUAAAGACUCAUUGAUUGACAUAAAAGAUGCUACAGCACUACUUGGUAACGAAAAACCGAGUAAGAGGCGGCUUAAGCUUUUAUCUAUGUGGUCAGGGCCGAAAAGACAUAGAAUGGCAUCUCUAAACGCUAUAGCCAAAGUACACUGUCUAUACGAAAACGAAAGUAGAAGUCACAUGGAAUUAGGUCUGAUGAAAACGGUCGAUAACCGACCGGUGAUGCCAUCGACAUCGAAGCAAAGCACCGUCAAAAAGAGAGAUACAAAGCAGAAGGAAAUCGAAAAACAAGACAGCACUUCAGAAUCAGAAUAUGAGAGCAACAAAAAGGACAAAGAAAAAGAUAGCUCAGAAAGUUCUGACGACAGUAAUCCUCCCCAGAGAACUUUACGGGGUGUGCCGGGAAUACGAAGCGCAGGAAAGUAUUGGGAUCCAAAGUCUUCGACAUCUUCCAGCGACGAUAGCGAGCUAGAAUCGAAGCCCAGAAAUUCGAGCGCAGAGAAAAAGAAAUCUGCCAAAUCUACAUCACCUAAAUCUGAAACGGAAAAACCUUCCAAAAUGAAGAAAACCGCCGGCGUGCCGGUCAAGAAGAAACGUAGUAGGAACGAGGUAGUGAUGGAUUUAAAGGAUAUGGUGGUCCAAAAACGUAUGGCGAGUCUGAACGCCACGGCAAUUUUGGCCGCUAGCUACGAGAAGCGCUCCCCGAAAUCGAGCAAGGACGACAGCACCUCCGAUUCGUGCAGCGACGAGUCGUACGUCCAGAAGCCAAAAAACGGCGUAGGCUCCGGCGUCAAGUCAGAAAUAAAAAACGAGGAGCCAAAAAAGGAGCCAGAAGAACCGACCGUAUCUGACACUAAGCAGAAGGUGGAAGUGAUCGUCAACCAGGAUACAGAUGUGACGAUCACGGGGGUGUACUCCACCCAUCACCACGAGGGGUUCUGUACCGUCUCCGGGAUGCAGUACCGCAUCUCCUCCACCAGUCAUACCCAGACUACGGCGACGGCUAACUGUGAGAAAGAGGGUUGCUCUCGCGACGAUAACCGGUACACGCCCUUAUCAGCGUUAUCAUCAAUGAAGCCGCCGGCAGACCACCCCCAUCAUCCAGUUCCUGAGCUGGGCGGGCUGACUCGUCGUCCAGGAUGCUCCAGCGCCUUCUCAGCGCCCUCGCCCGCUGCACAUCAUGAUCCAGGAUACUAUCAGCCGGCUGGUCCGCUGAUCAAGGAGGGAGAGGAGCGCGCCCUCGCCAGGUACCACCCGCCACACUACCAUCCGCCGCAUCCGCCGGUGCUACCGCAGUACGGCGCUCCAUAUUACCCGGCGGAACUCUGCUACGGCCGCUACUACCGCCCGCCCGGCUACCACAUGACGCCGCCGCAGUCAGACGCGCCGAUGGUGGGCGUGGGCAGCGAGCCGUACCCCCCACAGUACUACGGCUCCCCGCCCUGCUACCAGCACUCGCCGCAGAGAAUACCAUACAUGGAGUACCGUGGAUGCCCGUGCCCGUUAAACGCGUGUCCAAAAAACGUCCUUAUUGGGCCCGCUACUGGUAAAGCCCCAGCCAGUGGCGGCCCGGAUGUGCCAUCAGUCCUCGCGCCGCCCGGGGCCGCCUUCCGACCGAAGGUGUGGGCCGGCGCACAUGAAUCCGCCGCUGAUACGCACGGCAGCGGGAAAGAUCCACCGUUAGAGGGGGAACCCCCGAUGGCAGCCGACGCGCCCCACCCGUGUCCGCUGCCCGCGAUCGGGGGAGCAUCACCCAAACGCGAGAUGUACGACGUUAGGGAAAAUCUUCGUUUAAACGCCAACAUCCCCGGACCGACUGAGGCAAUUGGACCGCCUUCACCCGCGAGAGGAGCCUGUGCGCCGCAGCCACCAGCCAUCCCUCGGCGGGCGCGUCUGGGGAAGGCCAUGGCUAGGCGCUCGCUGGCCGGGGACGACACCGGCUUGCUGAUAUCUGUUCCCGUUCCACCUUCCUCCAACACCAGCGACGACGACGUCCUCGCGAUAUCGCCGCCCGUCUGCGCACCGAUAGACCUAUCCUCCUCCGACGAGAGAUCCACCCCCCUGGUGGACAUAAAGAAGGAAAACGAGGGACCCACUAUCACGACGUCGAGGAAAACGGACGCGCAGGCGCUAAAGGAACACAACAGCACGACCACGCUAUCGGAUAACACGAAUUGCACAGACAUAACUAAACCAGUCAAGCGAAGACAUUCGAGACCAAAAUUAGAAAUUGACAUGAAGGAUGCGCUGCUGCUGGAUGAGGAUGUCUGUAAAACUAAUGGUAUCGGGGAGCAUGUUAAAUUGCAGAAGCGACGAAAAGUCUCCGGUGAUCAAACGGAUCUUCGAGUAGAAACUAGUAUAAAGGAGCAAAAGAAAAAAGUUACGCAGACCACUAAGAAAUCCCAAAGAAAACUAUCCACAGAAAAAAGGGCGCACAAAAGGAAAUCGGAUUCGAGUUUAGAUGAGCCAGUAAUGAAGAAAGUAUUAAAUGAUAAUAACGAGGACAACCGAGUGAAUAACAUUUCUGCUAUAUCUACGUACAACACGAAUCCAAAGCAUAAGAGCGCCUUACUACUAGACAAUCUUCUAAAGAAGAAUGGCGUAGAUGCAAAAGGUCAAAUAUCCGAAACCUGCAUAAAUCCGGCUGAGCUUUUCUUAACCCCCAGUGAGAAUUUACCAGAUAAGAAUGAAGCAAAGAAAAACUUAAAUAUUAAUAACAAUAUUGUUGAAAACAAAACGACCGUAAAUGGUGUUAGGCCUAAAACUAUAGCCGCUGUGAGCCAACUGAUAGGAAAGAAGUUGGCAUACAAAAAUGCGUGUAAAGUUGAUUCCAAAGUCACGAGUAAGCAGAAGACGGUUCUAACGCCAGCCAGCAUACCAAAAGAAAUUGUAAGCGAAGCAAAAACAAACGAUGAGAACAAUAUUGUAAACGAGCGCUUGGAAUUAUCAACAGAAAACAAAUGUACAGAAAUAGAAUCUAGUAAAGUAAACAAUAAAUUGGAUGAUAUUUCGAAGCCAAUAAAACAAAACAAAGUAGCAAAAACGAAAAGUGAUGUGGAUAAAACAGAAAACGACCAGAAGCAUGUUAUAAAUAGGGAUAAGGAACAAAGUCAAAAUACAGUAGCUGUUGAAAGUAUUGCGCCUACAAAUACAGACAGUAAAAUGACAUUCACAAGCAAACAAGCAAUUGAUAAAGUGAACGGGGAGUUAAAGGGAAAGAACGUCGAAAAGCUAGUGAAGCUGCUAGCGUCGAAAAGACAGAGCAGAGAGGAUUCAGUGCCAACUAAAGAUAUUGAAGUAGAUGUAAGUAACGAUAAGGACAGAGUAUCGGUAAGGCAGCGGGUUAAAUCGGUCGACAAGAACGGGGAAAGCAAAGCUAAGAAUGUGGAGAAGGUUGUUAAGUUGUUGGUAUCAAAGCGGACGGCGAUUAAGAGUGAUGAGGCAUCUCUAGUGGUUGAGGACGCGUGUGCGACUCCCGUGCGGAGUCGUCGACGAAGGAACGUGAGGCGGGGCCGCAGGCCGAUUAUGCCGGCGUUACCUGAUCCCCACGAUCGAGCCCCGCCUCGAUGGAGCAACGGAUGGACCUGGGACGGCGACCACUAUCUAUCCAAAGUCUACCUCAAUAACGACUCCCGGCUGGACCGCACGGCGCGCUGCUACAGUCGCAUGUCGCACGCGAGCGGCGACCGCGUGUCGCGCGGCGACUGCGUGCUGCUGCGGGCGAGCCAGGCGCGCGCGCAGCCGUUUGUCGCGCGAGUCGCCAGCCUGUGGGAGAACCCUGAUGAUGGCGAGAUGAUGAUGUCGCUCGUGUGGUACUACCGGCCGGAACACACAGAGCGCGGGCGCGUGGCUGCGGACGCGCCCGACGAGGUGUUCGCGAGCCGACACCGCGACGCCAACUCCGUCGCCUGCAUCGAGGACAAGUGUUAUGUGCUCACCUUUAAUGAGUAUUGCCGGUACAAGAAACGCCUAAAAGCGGCGGAAGAGGGCAUCACGGUAACGUCAUCGAUAGUGCCGGCGCUGCCGCCGAGCGAGGUGUCGCCCGCGCUGCAGCCCAACGACACUAAACUACCACCGUCCGUGUCACCGGAACUGGUGCUGUUCUGCCGCAAGAUAUACGACUUCCGCUCCAAGAAGAUACAAGUGCCCAACAAAUGAACUGUCUACCGGAAGUGUCUGAGACCUCUGGUGCAUAUUCGCAGGCCGGAAGCCCGGCCAAGAUUAUAUUGAUGUAGUUCAUCGAUUUAGUACAAAGCGUUCCCCGAUUCCUCUAGAUGUGUUCGCAGUUCGCACGGCCGCUUCGAGUGUCGUAGUUUUGUAAUUCAUUUGCAGUUUUGUAUUCGCCUUGGUUUCGAGAUGAUAAAUUUACAAAGGAUGCCUUUUAAAGUGUAAGUAGUUUUAAGGGAAAAUCUAAAUGCAUAAUGUGAAUAGAGAUUUUUGUUUUGCGUAGUUGUCACACCUUGUAUUGCCUUCGUAGAGGCGUAUGUGUGUAGAUCGCCUUAUUUCCUUGUGUCAAUCUUACUGUAGCCUCUCGUCGGUUCGCGCCGAGACACGAAACUUAAAAUUGAACUUUUUUACUAUUUAUAAGGUGCACUUUUCAUUGUAAAAAUUAUGAUUCGAGCUGCAUCGCACUGCGCAGCGCAGCGCUGCAAUGGAACGUAUCUUAUGUAGUGAAUAAAGUUCAAUUAUCAUAAAAACAGCGUCGUGUCGCGUCUCGCUAUUGACCCUUUAAGUUCUUCGGUUGGUUAACAAAAAUAUCAAAGUAUUAAAGUUAUACAACCCGCCGUUACUUAGGCGCCAAUGUAGUGUUACUACUGAAACCGCAUUUAUAAUUACAAUUAUUUAUAUUUUACUAUUAUUUUAUCGAUUAUGUAGUGAAUAUCUCGAGCAGAAAUGUUGUUUAUGCCACCAGUGGCGCCCAACCAUUAUACGAGUUUUAAUUCAGAUUGUUUCUGCUCGAGAUGAUCUUUUUAAUUUAAAUCACUCGUGUGUAUUGCUAUAGUAAUUCGUAUCUAGUUUAAAAUUAUUUUAAAAAUCAUGUGUUUUAUUAUGUAUCACACGUAGGGAACAUGGAAGCCGAUUGUUUUUGACAUUUCUAUUUUAGCAGUUCCUAACAAAAGACUUCCUUUCAUCACAAAUUUCAUAGGUACAUGUUUUCAAUCAACAACUUUUGUAUGUUGAAUUCUAAAUGUAACGUCUUGUAGUGUUAACGCUUGUAGUGAGCAUGGCCUCUUCAUUUAUUAGUGUUACUUUGACUCUUAAAUAGUUUUAAUAUAAAUACUGGCCUCGGAUGGUCGCUAGCGACCGAAUAAAAUAGACAAAAUUUCCAUAAUUUUUGAGAAAUUGGGAAAUUCAUUGCCGUACUUAUCGUGAUGAAAUAAUAAAUAAAUAAUAUUUCAUGUAAAAUUCUUGGUCGCUUGUAGAACCAUUCCUUGUGCCAACACGACUGUAGGUAUACGACAAAUAUCUAUUGGCCAAUUUUAAGGGGAGCCCAAUAAAAAUAAGGAGAAGAAAGUACGUCACUUGCGUCAAAAUUUUUGAUAACUACCGCCAACCGUGCGGAGUUUUAAAUACACGUAUAACGCUCCGUUAGUUAUUUUAAACUUUCUGUUUUACGUUAUAUUAAGUAAAUAUUUUUCAAAAUGGCGCAAUUCUAUGAAGAUAUUUGUCGUACCACCUCGUACUCGAACCAUGUAAGUUAAUAUUUGACUUUUGUCUACUUUUAACGUGGUAACUAUAAUAUUAAUGCCACAAAAAAAUUGAAAAACAAAAAGUUUGUAUUUGAUUUUAUCUUCGUUACUCGUCUUUGAAGACUGAUAAAAAGUAGAGUCAAAUUAAUUUCUCUCUCAUUUAAAACAUCAAUAUUUGAUUCAAAAAAUAAACAAGUGGGAUCAUUGUAACAUAUUUUAAAGUAAUAUUAGCGUAGUUGUAAUGUGUGUUGCAUGGAAACGAUGUAUUGUACAACCCGCAAAUCCUUAGUUAUCUCAAACCUGAGCAGUGUAAAGUUUGUUUGAGCAGUAGAAAACGAGUUAUAUUGCGCAGGUGUAAGUAAUUAAGUUAUGAUGUAUUUGUUUUACGAGAGAUCUCGCAAUCACUCAUGCCAACGGCGGAAUUGGGAACCAAAUACGAGCUCGUGAUUGGCCCAGAGCGAGUGCUGAGUUAUGACGUCAGCAAAAUUGCGUCGUAGAUAGGCUGUGAAUGGUAGCGCGGUCUUAGCAUUUAGAUACACAAAAAAAGACAUCUAAUCUUUCGGAGUUCUAAAACGCAGUGAAUAAGAUCGUAUUUACAAUAGACGUUAGAGUAGGCUUGGUUGUUUUGCGUUGUACGGUUGGUACAUAAUUAUAUAUAUAUCGUUAUAUUUCCAACUCGGAAAAUUUGAAAGGGCAUUUAAAACUUGCAAAACCUUUUUCCGAAGUCUCCGUGUCUAUCUGGCUGUUCUAUUUGUUUCCGCUUUUGUUUAUCGUUUAUAAGUUGUAAAUAUUCUUCGAUUGUUUGUAAAAUUAAUAUAUUAUGUUAAUAAAAUCUUUCCAGUGAGAUUAUAUAAAUAAUUUUAAAUCGCAAAUUAAACGUGAGAAGACUUGUGGACCACCCGACGCUUUAGAAAUCGUAGUUUACUUAAGAAAAACCCAGAAUCCUCGAGCGAAUCACGAAGGCUUCCAAUGUUUGACAU